AUGUUCUUUUCAUUCGCUCAAUUCAUUCUAUACGCGUUCGUUUCAUUCCCAAAAGAGCUAAUCCCUUGUUUCUUCGUCUUCUUCGAUCGUCUUCGUCUUCUUCGAAAAUGUUAUUUCCCUACAUACAACUACUGGAAACCAUACAUACAAUCUUUGUAUUUAGCUAAUCCCUUAACGGAUUUACCAUCUUCCAAAACCAGUUUUCCGGAGAAUACGACAUACCCUAACAAAUCAGACUUCUCAUCUCCAGCAGCAGCAGCUCCUAUGUCAAUCCUAUGCUCAAAAUUCUUAGCUGCAGCAUCCUGAUCACCGGAUUGGCGAAUGACAUCGGUGGUGGGCUUCUUGGAAGCCUUGACUUUGCCUCGUUUUUCGGGGAAGACGAUAGGGGAGGAAUGUUCACCAGCAGUUGAUAUCUGAGAACACAAUCCCAAACGUCUGAAAGAUUGUUGAGGUGAAGAGAGUCUAAGUGCGUCAGCAGCUGAUGCAGCGGCGGCCUUAGUGGUGUUACUACUACCAGUUGAAUUACGGGAAAAACUCCCAGUCUUGAGCAUAUCUCUCAUAAUAAAAAAGUUAGAAACAUGACGCACGCAGGAAGAGAAAAUAAGGUUGGGAAUUAGGGUUUGAAGAUUAUGAAAUUGGCAGUGUGGAGCUCACUCAGAUCCCAAAUCCCAAAAUCCCUAAAUCCCAAAUCACAGCAAACACAUAAAAUUCUUCUCUUUGAAACCCUAAAUCCCUAAAUCGUCUUCUUCGAUAUCUUCAAAACCCCAAACUGUAUUCCUUCUCCCACCCUCCGCCGCCGCCGCCGUCGCCGUCAGUCAGUUUGUUUCAAUUGAGCUUCCAUUAAUAUUCAAAAGUUGGGUGACAUUUUAAUGGAGUACUAGUAAUAGUAUUACGAUCAAGGUUUUAAAUUGCUACCGCAUCUGUAAUUGUUGCCGUGCAUAGUAUUGCUAAUGCUAUAAGUUUUGGAACUGCAUCGCACCGCAAUUACAAUGUGAUUUUAAUUCACGUGUACGGCUGCAUUGUGAGCACGUCAGAAGCUGCAUCCUACGUUUUUAUGAAACUUAAAUUCUAAUUUCCAUUGAAUCUAAUGAAAAAGAAGGUUUUUUGUUCUUGAUAGCCGGGGUAUGCUUUAUUACUACCGCAAACAAUGCAGCAAACCAUCUGUAAGUCUAUUGUGAACAAUAAGUUCGUUUAUGAAGGACUUAAGCAACCAUACUUCUUUGUAACAAAUUUCACCUUAUAUUAUCGUGGCUAUUCAUCAUUUGUAGGGGUCUAGUAGUCAACAUUCUGGUCAGAGGAAUAGUUCAGAGCUUGGUUCUGGACUUCUGAGUCGAUGGCUGUCUUCUCAUAAUCAUCAUCAUGGUGGAGUACAUGAUGAGAAAUCCGUUGCUCAUCACACUGUGAACCUGCUUACAUCAACAAUUAAAGUUGAUGCUGACCAAUCAGAUUUGAGGUUUUGCUUCCGGAUCAUUUCACCGACAAUUAAUAACUUUUUGCAUAAUGUUUUAUCCAUAUAAAGAUGGUGAUUAAGCUUUAUAUUUUCACUCCUUAAUUAAUUCUGCUUGUUAGUGCAGGCAGAGAGUGCACUGGACCAAAUGGACUGGAUUGAAAAAAUCACAGGUGUUAUUGCCUCUUUGCUGAGUUCUCAGAUUCCUGAAAGGUUGUUACCGGCAAGUCCAAUGGGAAGCGGUCAUCAUAGGUCUACCAGUGAGAGUAGUUCUUUUGAAAGUUCAGAUUUUGUUCACUAUGCUGUUGAAGAAAGUGCAGCUGAUAGAAGUUUUGCGUCUGCACAUCUGGAGCGCGCCUCUAGAAGUAUGAACCAACAACGGUCCUGUAAUAAAAGCGAGAAACCAAUUGAUGUGUUGCGAAAAGUUAUUGGCAAUGAUAAAUGUGCUGAUUGUGGGGCCCCUGAACCGGAUUGGGCAUCACUAAAUCUUGGCGUUCUUGUUUGCAUUGAAUGUUCUGGUGUUCAUCGAAACCUUGGUGUGCACAUAUCGAAGGUUCGCUCUCUUACAUUGGACGUUAAGGUUUGGGAACCUUCUGUGAUAACUUUAUUUCAGUCUCUUGGGAAUACUUUUGCCAACUCUGUCUGGGAGGAACUGUUGCAAUCAAGAAGUGCCUUUCAGGUUGAUCUUGUCCCUACAGGCUCAAGCAAGUCCGAUAAGUCACUGACGGGUUUCAUCACCAAACCUAGUCAAUAUGAUUCUCUAUCGGUGAAGGAAAAAUUCAUCCAGGCAAAGUAUGCGGAGAAGAUUUUUGUUCGCAAGCCAAAGGACAAUCAAUACCGACUGUUAGUGGCACAACAAAUCUGGGAGGCUGUUCGUGCUAACGACAAGAAAAAAUCUAAUUAAGGUUGUUCGAUGCAGAAUAACAUACUCUUUCUAGGAAUUGAAAUAUUAAUCCUUAGUCUGCAUAAUCUUUCAAUAUUGAAUAACAUACUUGUUAGGAAUUGACAAUGACUUGUGGAAAAUAAUAUUCGGAAUUAUGUCAAUUUUUUUGUGCGUUAUUAGCUACUAGUAAUUUCUAUGUUGUAUAAUUUCUGCGCCGGAAAAGUGUAGGCCAUAUA